AAAUCAUCAUCAUCAUCAUCAUCAUAAUUUUUUGAAAUUGAUUAAUUAAUGAGAAAAAAAGAGAGAGAGAGAGGGAUAGACUAUGACUACAUAUGCAUCACCACGGCUAACAAGACUUUCAUUACAAAUAUUGAUCUCAUUAAUAUUUUUAUUUGGCUGUUUUAUGGUCAUCGUAUCCGUUAUACAAGCCAUCAAUCAUGUUGGCCAUCAUCAUCAAAAAAAUCAAUGGCUACCAAUAAAUGGCAAUGAUAAUAAUGAUGAUGAUCCAGGUGGACCACGAAUAGAAGUAGGAAAUGUUAUCCAUGAUAAUGAUCUAUAUUAUGAAUCAUAUGAUGAUGAAGUGGAUCGUUUUCCUAGUAUUUCAUCACCAAGUGUACAGCUAUUGUUUGCAUUGAUCACUUUUUGUAAUGGCAUUUUUGGUAUUAUUGCCAUUACGAAACAACGAUCAUCAUUAUUAUCCACAUAUAGCUAUGUAUUGUUGAUGACUUUUUUUGCUAAACUUUUGUUUAUCAUUGCAUCAUUAGCCAUGUAUACAGUGGAAAUGGAUCGAAAUCUAUUAUCAACGGUGGCCACAUUGAUUGUUACGACAUCGAUAAUCGAAAUCAUACUAGUCAUGAUUGUUUGUCAAUUUAGCCGUUUAGUUAAACGUGGUGAUGCAGCCAGACAAGAAAUACAAAGCAUACAUUCAUAUCAUCGGGAAUGUCGCCGUAGUCGUAGCCGUAGUCAAAGUCAUAUUCGUUCCAUACAUGGAAAUGAUUUCAAUCUCAAUGAUGAUCAACUAUAUGGCGUCAAUUAUCGAUUGACACAAUCACCAAUACCAUUAUCAAGACCAUUAUCAUUAUCAUCAUCACCAUCAUCGCAAUCAAUGAUGCCAAAUUCAACUAGUCAUAAUGUUUCUAUUGAACCAUCAUCAUCAUUUAUAAUUACCGAUACUAAUAAUAAUAAUGAUGAAUCAAUAAUGGCCGAUAAUGAUUAUUUGCCACCACCAAUCUAUUUAAAAUUGGAUCGAUAAAUAAACUGGACCAUCAUCAUCAUCAACGUCAUCGUCAUCAACAAACAAAUUUCACCGAAAUCAAUUUAUUUAUUACAACAACG